AUGGCCGCCGCUACUUCCGUCCCCACCUCUAACCAGGUCCUGGUCCCCGAGACCCUUCUCAAGAAGCGCAAGUCUCAGGAGAAGGCUCGCGCCGAGCGCAACGCCGCCGCCGAGAAGAAGAAGACUGCCAACAAGGAGAAGCGCGGCGUCAUCUUCAAGCGUGCUGAGAAGUACAUCACCGAGUACCGCGAUGCCGAGCGUGAGAAGGUCCGCCUCUCCCGCGUCGCUCGCGAGAACGACUCCGCCUACGUUCCCGCCGAGGCUACCCUGAUCUUCCUCAUCCGCAUCAAGGGUAUCAACAAGAUGCCCCCCAAGCCCCGCAAGAUCCUCCAGCUCCUCCGUCUCCUCCAGAUCAACAACGGUGUCUUCAUCAAGGUUACCAAGGCCACCACCGAGAUGAUCAAGGUCAUCGAGCCUUGGGUUGCCUACGGAUACCCCAACCUCAAGUCCGUCAAGGACCUCGUCUACAAGCGCGGUUACGGAAAGGUCAACAAGCAGCGUGUUGCCCUUACCGACAACGCCAUCAUCGAGGAGAACCUCGGCAAGUACGGCAUUGUCUGCAUGGAGGACCUGAUCCACGAGAUCUACUCCGUCGGCCCCAACUUCAAGCAGGCCUCCAACUUCCUGUGGCCCUUCAAGCUCUCCAACCCCACUGGUGGCUUCCGCCCCCGCAAGUUCAAGCACUACAUCGAGGGUGGUGACCUUGGCAACCGCGAGGAGAAGAUCAACGCUCUUAUCCGCCAGAUGAACUAA